AUGUCGUACUUCUUCUCCACCCCGGUCGACAUCGACAUCGUGCUCGAGGACCUCGACGACCGCUCCGCCGUUGAUGUCAAGCUCGACAAAAACCGCAAAGAGAAGGUACCGCUGUACCUGGACGGCGAAUCAGUCAAGGGCCAGGUCACCGUAAGGCCCAAGGAUGGCAAGCGCCUCGAGCACACGGGCAUCAAGGUGCAAUUCAUCGGCACCAUUGAGAUGUUCUUCGACCGCGGAAACCACUACGAGUUCCUCUCCCUCGGCCAAGAGCUAGCAGCCCCCGGCGAGCUCCAGCACCCGCAGACGUUCGACUUCAACUUCAAGAACGUCGAGAAGCAAUACGAAUCCUACAAUGGCAUCAACGUCAAGCUGCGCUACUUUGUGCGCGUUACUGUAUCGCGGAGAAUGGCAGAUGUAGUCAGAGAGAAGGACCUGUGGGUCUACUCCUACCGGAUACCGCCCGAGACCAACAGCUCCAUUAAGAUGGACGUCGGUAUCGAAGACUGCCUGCACAUUGAGUUCGAGUACUCGAAAUCGAAAUACCACCUGAAGGACGUGAUUGUGGGCAGGAUAUACUUCUUGUUGGUACGGUUAAAGAUCAAGCACAUGGAAUUGUCCAUCAUAAGAAGAGAGACAACGGGGGCUGCUCCCAAUCAGUACAACGAGAGCGAGACCCUGGUGCGCUUCGAGAUCAUGGACGGCUCACCGUCGCGAGGUGAAACAAUCCCCAUCAGGUUGUUCCUCGGAGGCUUCGACCUGACACCCACCUUCCGCGAAGUCAACAAGAAAUACUCCACCCGAUACUACUUGAGUCUAGUCCUCAUCGACGAAGGUAUGACACAAGCACACCUCUACGCUACUGUGACUGACCUUUAUUCAGACGCCCGUCGAUACUUUAAGCAAUCCGAGAUCGUGCUAUUCCGACAAGCACCGGAAGGCCUGACGUUGGCCCAGGAGCAGAACAAGCUGAUGGCAGUGUCGUGA